UUUAAAACUUAACAUAACUUUUAGGGCAAUCAAUAUCACCCAUCGUUUUCCUCAAUAUACGGUUUAUUUCGAAGAUAUUGGCUUUGGCCCUAAGGGUACUGAACAUUUAGGGGCUUGUUCUCAAAUGGCUGUGUUCGUGAAAAGUUCGUUGGUGUAUGACUGGCCCUUUAAUCGAGCAUUAUCUCGUUUUGACAAGUCAUUUACAUUGAUUGAUCAAUCAAUUGGAAGCACGGACAAAAAUUCCCGAGUGAAAUACACUUGUUAUGAAUCUUAUGGUAUUUGUACAUAUCAAAGUUAUAGUGCUCCAAUGUACGAUUAUGAAAUUUUGCCAAAAAUCUGUGAUUACUCUGAAGGCAGCAUUAGUCAUUAUGAAGACACAUACUAUAAAUUUAUCGAAAGUAUCGAGUAUCCUUACAUCGCAGAAACAACUUCAUCUGAUGAGGUUUUAAUGAAUGAGAUACUGUAUAGUGUUCAUCUUCUUGGAAGAGUAAAUGGAAGAUAUUACAAUAAUGAUAGGGAAAGGUCAGAGAUUCCAUUACUAGACAUUGUCUGCAAUCAGCAAAGAUUUGUUACAUCCAUACCUGAAGUUAGUGCAGUACUCCAGAAAGCUGGCUAUAAACUAGAAUCAUGUGUUGACUCUUUUACAAACGAAACGAUACAAUGUGUAAUAUAUGAACCGGAAAUGGAAGCGAACAGCUCUUCGUCGUAUGCAGAAGAGUCUGAUUAUAUUGGUGAGAGCGAAUGGGAAAGUGUCGGAGAAAGCGAGAGAGGCUGGAAUAGAGUUGACGAUGGAGAGCAACAAUUUAUCGCAGACGCACAAAUUAACGCAGAAAACGUAGUAGAAGAAAUUAUUAAUAAAAUAGAUGAUGUUAACAGUAUACCGUCACAAUCUUCAAGUGAAUGGAACACUGAAGAAACCUGCACAAGUAAAGACACAACUAAAGAGUCGAGCCGUUGCAACUCAGAUUUUUUAGAUUUACAAACAAACGUUAUAGAAAUUGAGCAAGUAGUAGAAACUGGAUGCAAGCAUCCAAAAAUCGAGAUUCCAUCAAUUAUUCGUAAAAAAUACGAAAGUUCUCCUCUGUUAAAGACUAAAUUGGAAGGACACUUAAAAAUAGAUAUUACAAAAGAAAAUAGCACCACUCUCAAAAAUGGUUUGGUAAAAGAUAUAACAGUUCCUAAAAGAAAUAAGGACGAGCCUAGAAAUACAAGCGAAGAUCCUUCUGCCACUGUAAAAAAAGGAAAAAUUAAAGAGUGUGUCGAUUUUAGUGGGGGGAGGAGGAGUCCAUCACCAGAUAUCGAAGAUGUAAUAGUUCCCAGUGGCUCUAAUGUUAAGCGUAGGAAGAAGCAGAAAAGAAAUGCUGGAGAAUGCCAAUUAAAUCGUAGAGAAGAGGAUGACGAAAUAUUGAAUGAACGGGUGAAUGUUGAUAUUGUGAACGCCGAAGUCAAUUUAAUCAACGAACUGUUGGAUCAGAUGCCUCAGGCGGUUGUUGAAAAUGGCGAUUUGGUCAACAACAAUAGGGAUUUUGAAGGGAACAAUUAUCCUAAUGCAGCCCGUGACGUCGAAGAAAUACAAAACGAAGAUAAUGAAAAUCAAAAUAGAGUGGAACAUGUCGAAGAAAAUGAAGUGCAACAAGACUUUGAAAACAGAAAUGAAAAUAACGAUCGACAGCCAUUGAGGCUUAGAAACGAGGUCCAAGCUGUUCAGGAUGCCGGGCGAGAUGUUGGUGAAGGUGCAGAGGAGCUUCCAGAGGUGGAACAAGCUAGUAGGGAGGCAUUAUUUGAUCCUAAUUCACAACUUGACUUACUCGACGGGUUUAUUAACCCACAAAGCAACAGAGAAGCCAAUAAUGUUCAUCCAUCUCAAAAUGGAGUAGUAGUUAUUGGAAUUAAUCCUAUUGAUGAAGAUAGCGGAGUGGCAGUAGUUUUGCCCACCCACGCAAAUCCAUUUCCAAAUUGGUUACUUCAUCUUUUAGAAAGCGAAGAACUAGGCAGCAUCAAUCUUCACGACGAGCCCCAUUUUUACUGUCAAGGCGAUGGCAUAGGUGUACAUCCGUCAAUAAUAGAAGUUGAUUUGGAAGAAGAUUCAGAUACAGAUUCCGACGAAUCAUCCCACAGCAAUGCUGAUGAAAAUUUAACGUUGCAGACUAAUUCUAACUCGCAAUCGGACAUGACAAGCUUCUUAUUAGAAAGCGAUUCUCGACAGGGUACACCAACGGAUUUGCACACGUUACCUAACCAAAAUUCUUCGAGUAGCAACGCCAAAAAGGAUCAAAAACCCGAUCAGUUAGUUCAAAAUGGAAUUCGAACUGUAUCAAGCAGUCCGAGCGAUGCAGGGUCAUCCAUGUCAUCUCUAGAUUCGAAAAGCAACAAAAGAUUGAAAAAGAAAGUAACAGUUUCCGAUUCUUCGGGGUUUCAAGAUAAUAAGGAAGAUUUCGAUAUGGAAGAGAUAGAAGAGGAGAACUUUGCAGUUUCUCUAUCACUUUUGAGUAAUCUGAUAUUGGCUAGUACUGAAGAAGUGUACGAAACGUUGAGAAAUUCUUCGUCAUCACUGACCACUUCAAAUGGGGUAGAUGAUGUAUCACAGGGAAUUAAUAUUGCUGGUAGUUCUCAAAAUGAAGGUGACGAUAAAGAUGCACAUGAAAAAGAGUCUUCAGAUCCAACUUGAGUUUAUUUUAUUUGCUGAUAAAAUUUUUCGAAGAAGACUGACAAUUUCGAUAAGAUUGUUGAUUUCUUUAUUUUUAUUA